AUGAAGAAAUCUACGUUGGUAGAUUUGAAGGAUUCCGAAGAGAAACUUCGUAAACAAGCUAAAAAGAUUAUUAGACAGAAAAAUGUAGACGCGCUAAAAAGACCGACACAUUUAUUUAUGCACGAGAAAGGACUUACCAAAAUUCCCGUCCCUAAGAACCCAACCCAUAUAAUAUACGCUUAUUAUCACAACAAUCAAAUUACGAAAAUUGAAAACGUAGAUAGUCUGUACAAUGUAACUCAUCUGCAUCUACAAUGGAAUAAAAUAACUAGAAUGGAAGGGUUAGACUGCCUGCACUGUUUAAAGAAGUUGUAUCUGAAUAAUAAUAACAUCAGUGUCGUUGAAAACUUGGAAGGUUUGAAGUAUUUGGAAGAGUUACAUAUCGAGAAGCAAAAUCUAGACAGCUCGGAUGGCUUGUGUUUUGAUCCUAGGACUAUGAAUUAUAUUGGCGCUUCACUACGAAUACUUAAUGUAUCAGAAAACAAAAUAACUGACAUGGCUUGGGCCAAACCACUAAGACGUCUGGAGGUUUUAAUAGCGAAGAAAAAUGAUUUGACUGAUUUCAAGGCCGUAGCUGACAAUUUGUGCACUCUGAUAAGCUUGGUGGACGUCAAUUUCCUUGUUAAUCCUAUGACUAAAAAGCAUAGAUACAAGGAGACGAUUAUAGCAAGGUGUUCGCAAUUACGUGUAUUGGAUACAGUCGUUCUCCACGGUUCCUCCAAGACUUUUAUGCAGAACUUCGACAAAAUUGUCCGACUCAGGCAACUGAACGAAAGGAACAAGAUAGCUAAUACAAAUAAAGGAGCUGAUGACUUUUUCAACCUGCACAUGAUGGCAGGCCCAAGAGCUAAAAGUGCUCUAUCUAUAAGUGAAUUCUCUAAUCAGAAACCGAAACUAACAGCAGUGGAUUCUACGUACACUUUUAUGCCGCGUGCAUUCUGGAGGACUCGCCACCCACCAUCGAAUAAACAUCAAGCUUCUUCUCCGCCGAUGGAGCCUCCGCCGAUACCAAAACAACCUCUUAAUCCAGAAAUUAAAACACUCCCCCUCAAAGGCAUUCUGAAGAAGCCAAUGCCUAUGAAGUAUAUUUAG